AUUCUUUAUCUCUUUUAAAAAUUCUCCUAUGCUUUUAUUAUUUCCUAUAUUGAAAAAAAAAAUACACUUUUGUUGGCUCUAUUACAUGGCUCUUGAUGCAUCUUGCUCUAUCAUAAUGGCCUCUCACGGGGUGAAGCCUUAAAGAAAUUUCUGCUACUCGCUAAUGCUCAAAAAAUGCUGUGCUACUACUUAUCAAUGUACUCAAACAAAUACUCAAAUACUCAAAUGCUUAUCAAAUGCUACAAAUGAUCAUUAGUGUCUGAAAAUGCUAGUGAAUCCCUGUCCCAUAUUUAUCAACGUCGGAAAGCCCCUGAAGAAUUUUGCCCAUGCCUAUCAAUGCCUGCUGCUAAUGAAUACCGCUUUGGAGUAACUAUAUAUUCAAGCCUUGAAGUCACAAGAAACAUAAUCAAUCUAUUUUGCCACUGCCUGCCAAACUCUAUCAAGCUAUGCUAUAAGAAAAGAAAAAGUAUAAAAAAACAAACCAAAAAACUAACCAGACAGAUCGACCCCGGGAUGUCCCUAUUGUUAUGGUUCUGCCUCUACAGCUGAUGAAUGGCCCGUAAGCCCUCCCUUUUCGAAAAGCUUUGUCCUAGGUACUUAGGUGCACUCUCCGUACAUUGAAACUCCCCUUUCCUGAGAUUUACCGUGGUUGUUUUUUGGGUUUUGAGCCUUGGGUCUUGUGUCUUGUAUCCUGAGUCUUGAGUCUUGAGCACUUUUUAUUCAUGGAGGGUUUACACCUUGUAGUCUUCUGGCAUGCAGUCUAUGGUUCUAGUCAUCUUGAGUUUGAAAGCUAGCGAUAAUGUGGCCUUCUGGACUUAUGGAAAGAAAAAAAAAAGAAGAAGUCUCUAUUUGCUCUCUAAACUUGGUUAUCAAAAGAAAAAUCUCUACUUAUUCAAAGCUUUCUCUCUCUUUGGAAAUCAAACUAUUGCUUACUUUAA